GCGCCGCUUCCUGGGCAGGCUCGGGGGAGCUCGCUCAACUGCCUGCCUCUCUGUAGCCCAAACGCUGGAAAAAAAAAUACUCACAAAUCACCUAUCCAAGUAUGUACACACAGGCUCACUUAAACCCGCCCUAUUAAAAAAAUAUACACACGCACACACCAUUUAUCCAAGUAUGUACACAGGCUUGCUUAAACCUGCCCUAUUAAAAAUAAUAAUAUAUAUAUUUAUGCACACACAUACACACAUAUAUCUAUCCAGGUCUGUACACAGACUUGCUUAAACCUGCCCUAUUAAAUACACACAGACACACACCCCUAUCCAGGUAUGUACAUACAUAUAUAAUAUAUAAAUAUAAAGACAUAUAUAUGCACAGACUUAACUCCAACACGAUUGGAGUGUCGGGAGGGCAACUGGGCUGCCCUCUCCGCCCUCCAGGACUGCGGGACAAGUCUCCCGGCGCCCGGGUCUCAGGAGCCCCGGAGCCCUAAAACGGCCCCUGCGCGGCUUGGGCCUUCCGGCUUUCCGUCCGCCGCGGCCAUCAUUGGCUGGGUUCGGCGCAGCUACCAGACGGCGGCAGUGCGAGAAAGCCGAAGAUGGCGCUCCCGGCGGCGCUGAUCCUACGGGAGAGCCCCAGCAUGAAGAAAGCAGUGUCACUGAUAAAUGCAAUAGAUACAGGAAGAUUUCCACGGUUGCUCACUCGGAUUCUUCAAAAACUUCAUCUGAAGGCUGAGAGCAGUUUCAGUGAAGAAGAGGAAGAAAAACUUCAAGCGGCAUUUUCUCUAGAGAAACAAGAUCUUCACCUAGUUCUUGAAACAAUAUCAUUUAUUUUAGAACAGGCAGUGUAUCACAAUGUGAAGCCAGCAGCUUUGCAGCAGCAGUUAGAGAACAUUCAUCUUAGACAAGACAAAGCUGAAGCGUUUGUCAAUACGUGGUCUUCUAUGGGUCAAGAAACAGUUGAAAAGUUCCGGCAGAGAAUUCUGGCUCCCUAUAAGCUAGAGACGGUUGGAUGGCAGCUUAACCUUCAGAUGGCUCACUCUGCUCAAGCAAAACUAAAAUCUCCUCAAGCUGUGUUACAACUCGGAGUGAACAAUGAAGAUUCAAAGGGUCUCGCUGUGUUGCCCAGGUUGGUCUUCAACUCCUGGGCUCAAGCAAUCCUCCGGAGUAUCUGGGAUUACAGAGCCUGGAGAAAGUUCUUGUGGAAUUCAGUCACAAGGAGUUGUUUGAUUUCUAUAACAAGCUAGAGACUAUACAAGCACAGCUGGAUUCCCUUACAUGAUGUUUUCGAAGACUGUUUUUUUCAUCACGCUUCUGCCACCUCAUUAUUUUGCAUUGAAGAUACAUUGCCAGGUUGUGUUUUCUGAAGGAUUCAGUGGCUUGCUUUCUGUAAAUUAUAUGGCUUAUCACUUCUUAGACAAAUAACGACCAAUAGAGAUCAUUGUUAAGAGUACUGAGGUUCUAAUAUACUUUCUUUAGUUCGGUGAGCCAACAGUAAUUAUUAAGAACACUUUCCCUUUAAAGGAAACAAAAGUGAAUACCAUAUUGUUUUUACUGUCAUAGUGUUGCUUUCUUGCCUGUCCUGCUUAGUUUUUACUUGCUGGAUGAUACCAUAAUGUAUCAAGGAGCGUCCAUGGAUACAAGAUAAGAUGUGUACCUUAGUAGAAUACAGAGCUUUGGUAAUUACAUGAAUAAAAUUAAGAAAAUAGCCAUAUACAAUCAAAUACACUAUGGCAUUUUUAUUUGAAUACGAUGAGUAUAUUUUGCUUUGGAAAUAAUAUAGGAAGGAAAUGUAAAAUAGUGAGUAGUAUGGUAUCAGUUAAUUCCAGUCUGAGCUUCUCUGUCAACUUCAGUUUCUCUCUGAGUUUAAUGAUUUAAUAAUAGUCCAGGUUUUUGUGUGUUUUUCUUUAUACUGCAAAUUAAUAAUGAUUCACUUUAUAGUUUGGGAGACAGAAUCAGGUCUUGAAUAAAAUAAUUGUAAUGAGUGUUAAAUGGGCACCAUUAUUCGAAUCAGAUACCUUUUAUAUUCUCUUUCCAUAAAUAUGUUGAUUUCUGUCAAUAAAAUUUUUGUGUCUUAGGA